AUGGUGGAGGAUGAGGAACCUGAUCAGUAUCCGGGUAAGCGCAUUUGGUGCGGUGUUUCCUGCUCUCUCCCCUGUGUGUCUGCAGCUCGGGCUUUGCCUGAUCAGCCCGACCAUGGCUUCAGCAUUGAAGAGCUACAGAAAGAUCUAGAAGAGGUGAUGCUGCUGGAAAAGGCCUCUAGAAAAAGAGUACGUGAUACCCUUACAGCUGAAAAAUCCAAGACUGAGACAGAAAUCAAGAACAAGAGGAACCACCCAGGCGCCCCAAAAGCAGAACUUCUUGACAAUGAAAAGCCAACUGCUAUGGUUGAUCCCAUUACAACAGGAUAUACAACGAAAAUCAAUAAUUACAGAUGGAAUCAGUCAGAUAAGUUUGUGCAAAUCUAUAUUACCUUAACUGGGGUUCAUCAAGUCCCCACUGAGAAUGUGCAGGUGCAUUUCACAGAGAAGUUAUUUGAUCUUUUGAUAAAGAAUCUAAAUGGGAAGAGUUACUCCACAAUUGUGAACAACCACUUAAAACCCAUCUCUGUGGAAGGCAGUUCAAAAAAAGUCAAGACAGGACAGAUACAGUUCUUAUGUAGAAAGAAAGCAGAAAACUCAUGGUGGGACUACCUUAUUCAGAUUCAAAAAGAAUGCAAAGAAAAAGAAAAGAAGGAAAGAAUGCAAAGAGAAAGAAAGAAGGCAAAGUCUUUGCCCUCCUAUGACACUGAAACAGAUCCUAGUGAGGGAUUGAUGAAUGUUCUAAAGAAAAUUUAUGAAGCUAGAGACGAUGAUAUGAAGCAAACCAUUAAUAAAGCCUGGGCAGAAUCAAGAGAGAAGGAAGCCAAAGGAGACAGAGAAUUUUAAGACUUUAAAGCCAUUUUGGGAACUGUGAU